GGGCUGAGCUGACGAUGUGGACUCCUGCUGUUCUACUCCUGCUGCUCCUGCUGCUGCUGGGGGUCGUUUCACACACUGUGGCAAGGCCCAAAAACCAGUUCAUCCGUUAUCCAUCAUGGAACACCAAGAUGUAUCCAGUCUGGAAAGACGGAGAUCCACGGUACAAAGACUCCUGGAAAGGUGGAAAGGUGUCUUUUAAUGUAGGCAAUGACUCACCCACUCUGACUGGAGCCAAAGUCACGUUCACCAUAGAAAUAGAGUAUCCGCACAACCAGAGGGUGCAGCCUGGUGGAGAGGUGGUUUGGGCCGAAGACUGCGUCAUCAACGGAACAAAAUACCACAAGUCUGAGCCAGUUUAUCCAGCCCAGCCCACGGAGUGGGAGGCUGAUUUUCCUGAUGGAACACCAAUUAUAAAGGACCAGAAGCCGGAUUAUGUUUUUGUCUGGAAAACCCGGGGUCAGUACUGGCAGGUGGAGGAUGGCCCCUCCUCCUCUCUGACCAUUGGUACAGAUGACAUCCCACUGGGCUCCUACACCAUGGACGUAGUCAUCUACCACUACCGCAGCAGACAGAAGUUCAUUCCUCUGGGAUAUGCCUCUGCACAGUUCUCCAUCACCGAUCAAAUCCCAUUUGCGGUCACCAUGGACCAAGUCAACGACGUAGCAGCAGGAGACCUGCGCUUCAUCCAGAACAGGGCUAUCGCUUUCACCGUCGCCCUCCAUGACCCCAGCGACUACCUCAGUGAUGCAGACAUUACCUUCAACUGGGACUUUGCAGAUGGGAGUGGUGCGCUCAUAUCCAGAGAGCUGACUGUCACUCACACCUACGUCAGCUCUGGAACCUUCAAACCUAAAGUAAUGAUCCAGGCUGUCAUCCCUGACAAGGCCUGUAAUCCUACAGCUGCUGCUCCAACACGGGCUCCGAAUCCACAUCAGGACCAGGACAUCACAGUCAAACCUGUGGUCUCCACCCAGGCGGCUGACCUCCAUGUAAUAGUGUCGACAUCAGACACAGAGGAGGACACUGCUGGAGGUGAAGCCCCCACCGCCUCCACCUCUCAGUUUGUCCAGGCCACCACUCCUCCACCUGUCCAUAUACCAGAUGACGUUGAUGCAGGACGAGCUCCAGGGGUGAAGGUUGUCAGGAGGAAUACUGAUGACAACGACUGCGUGAUUUACCGUUACGGCUCCUUCUGUACCAGCAUAGACGUGUUUGAGGGCAUCGAAACGGUGGCGGUUAAACAAAUAGACAAACCUGUGUUGACAACAACAGAAAAGGGUCCAAGAGUGGUGGAUAUCACAGUCACCUGCCAGGGAAGUCUUCCUAAGGAGGUGUGCAGUGUGAUUCUGGAUGCCGAGUGUUUAACUCCGAUUCACACUGAGUGCAACGUGGUGGAGCCUUCUGUGGAGUGUCAGCUGGUGCUGCGUCACUUCUUCAAUGACUCCGGUGUCUACUGUAUCAACGUGUCCAUGUCCAAUGACGUCAGUUUAGGCCGUACCAGUGCCAAAGUCCACAUAGAGAUGGGUCCAGGUGUUUCCUCCUCAGGUGCCAUUGCUCUGUUACUGGGUGUCCUGGUGUUUGCUCUGGUGGUAGGGAUACUGCCAUAUUCCUGCAGACAUUUGAAGUCCUACGGACCUCUGAAGGAGGACGGCCUUUUCUCUGGAGACCAGAAGCUCAGCCAGGCUCAGAGAUCCUCAGUUCUCUCUAAGCUUCUGAGGAGACCCGGGGUCAUGGAUGACGGCCCUCUGCUGCAGCAGAAGCCGGUGUGAGCCUGAAUCUGGUGGCUCAUCUUUCGACCACCCACAUGGGUUAGUCUUUUUAUACUUUUGUAAAAAAAAAAAACCCAAACCAUUUUCAUGAAAAUGAAAGUGUUUUAAAUGGAAUUAAAUCCUAACUGGAAACAUAGCCUAAAUGUAUCACUUUUGGUGGGUAAUAAAGUGUCCUACUGAACCAAACAGGCUUUAAUAUUUCCUUUUACUAAUCCAGCAUCGUCUAAAGAUGUGUCAGCACUGUUUCUAAUAUAUAAAUUAACAUUACCAUUUAUAGGCAUAUGAUGUAGAAAUCUGU